GUGACUCGCUAGCUAGAUACCGAUCAAAUCUUGCCUACUCUCGUAAGAAGAUUUACAUUACAACUUACAAGGUAAACAAUAUUGACUAAAAUGGUAUCUAUAGUUACAGCAUAUGACUGAACAUACAGCCUGUAGUAAUUGGACUGAUAGUUAUUGCUCAAUGCAAUGGAGGGAAUAAAUAGCUGCGAUCGAAGUUGGUUUGCACUUUGCUCAGUAGUCGCAGUUGGCAGCUGGCUUUCACUUUCUACGUGUGGUCUAAUGCUGGUGUUAUAAUGGACUUUCUGUAGUCCAUGGACGCAUGUGAUGUGAAGAUGUACUACAUCAUCAUAGAGAAACCUGGGUUACCCAUGGUGUCCGUCAAUGCUGGCCACAUCUGUUACAUCCAGGAGAGCAGGUACAUGUCAAGGCUUAGCAGAUCUGAAUCUCUGGAGGAAUUGCCUGUCAUCUGUAUGGGCUCCAAUUUAGACAAGUUCCUGAAGGUAAAUCACCUAAAUUCAGUGACUGCUAAGGAGGCAGAACUCCUGCAAGCCAUAGAAGAGGACUCAGAGAGACUGAAGUGGUAUUUAGAGAGGGAUGCUUUGGAUACAGCCCUGGGUUUAACUAAGGAUACACCUGUCACUGUGGAGUUGGAUGGGAAGUGGCUACGGGGAAUUGUACGUUACAUCGGAAGAAUAACAGAGCCAAAGCACACAGACCCCAUCGUAGGAACCUUCUUUGGUAUCGAACUACAGGGAGAAGACAAAGGAAAGGGACCAACAGAUGGGACCUAUCUGUCAAAACCCCUAUUCUCCUGCAAGAAAGACUGUGGGAUUUUUGCUCCAUUUUCCAGAGUGAAACCCAUGGUUUCCAAACCCAAAUUGGUGUCCAAGUGUCUGACCUUUCCAGCAGCCCAGCUGGCCACGCAACCGUCGCCCCAACAGGCCCACCAUCAGCCCCUCUCCACCGGAGACAGAGUCACCUUCUUCAAGGGCGAGGACACCCUCCAUGGGAUGGUGAUGGAUCUGGAGGAGAAGGAGGGCAGGACCUUAGUCAUCAUCUCUACUGACCGGGAUGAGAAGAUCACUCUACCGCUGGACAGCGUCAUCAAAGGGGACCUGCUUGAACAUGAGCCUGAGCCAAUGGAAAGUGAUAAGGAGGAGGUUCACCCCUUGGGGCUUGGUGUAGACUCUCUGGUGGAGGUGACUCUGGGUAUAGGACCUGGCUAUGGAACCAUCCGCUGGAUAGGCACUUUGCCUGGGCAGAAAGGAACCUACGCUGGACUGGAGCUGGAGGAUGGGUACACUGGGGUUAGUAAUGGUACCUUUAAAGACCAUCGGUUCUUCAGAUGUCUUCCAAGACGAGGUCUCUUCGUCAAGCUUCUAUCCUGCCGGCCUGACUCCCGCUUCCAGGGGGCAUCAGCCAAUGUCCUUCAAGAGCGAGAGGAGGUCCGCAGCCCUGGGGUGCUCCCCUCCUCCCCCAUCGCCUCUGAGCAGGUCGAGAGGAUGCUGAUUGGUCGAAUGAAGGGGAUCCAGGGCCAUAUAAACUCUUGCUACAUGGACUCAGCCCUCUUCAGUCUGUUCUCCUGUUCCUCAGUGUUGGACUCUCUGCUGUUUAAGUCAACAAAGCCUAGGGAUGCCCCCAUCCAGAGUACCCUGCUACAUGACAUCGUCAACCCGCUCCGCAGUAAAGGUUUUGUGGAAGGGAGACACAUUAUGAAGCUUCGUCAGCAGCUGCAGGAGCUUGGUUACUGCCACACAUUCACCACAGAGGAGAAAGAUCCAGAAGAGUUUCUUACCCUCAUUAUGCACCAUAUUUUCUGUCUGGAUCCUCUCCUCAAACUGUCCGCUGGGGGAAAGGUCCAGGACAGUUACUGUUAUCAAAUCUUCCUGGAUAACAACCACAGCCUGGUUCUGCCUACUGUCCAACACCUGCUGGAACACUCCUUCCACAGCGCAGGACUCAAACUGGCAGAGGUGCCGUCUUGUCUGAUUCUCCAGAUGCCUCGCUUUGGGAAGAAGUUCAAGAUGUUUCAGAAGAUCAUCCCUUCACUGGAGCUAGACAUUACUGACCUUCUCUCUGAAGGUCCCCAGCAGUGUGUGUUGUGUGGUCAGCUGGCAUAUGAGGAGUGUGUGGACUGCUUCAGAGACCCAGUCUUCAGCAGGACAGGAUUUAAAGUGUUCUGCAGGACCUGCUCCUCUCAGGUGCACUCUCACCCCGAGCGGCUGUCCCACAGCCCCUCCACCCUGCAGCUCCCUGAGGGGUACCCCGCCCCCACUACCCUCCGAGCCCCAUCCAGAGAGAGACUGGAGCUGUUUGCAGUGCUGUGCAUAGAGACCAGUCACUAUGUCUCCUUCAUCAAACACGGCCCAAACAGCACAGACUGGAUCUUCUUUGACAGCAUGGCUGACAGACAUGGAGAGAGGGAUGGCUUCAACAUUCCCCAGGUGCAGGCAUGUCCAGAGGUUGGCUUGUACCUGGUCAUGUCACCCGCCGAGCUGGCCAACCAGGUGCCUCGGGACAUGAAGGGCGUGGCUAAGCGUCUGUUCUGUGAUGCCUACAUGUACCUGUACCAGAGUACCAGCAUGAGCCUCUACCGCUGACAGAAGCGGGACCACAUGGCAUCGGGCAGAAAAGGGCGCGCCUCAAAGCUGAAUAAAUCAACGGUGAUAACAUCUUCUCACCACUUCAUAUUCCUAAUGUGAUCAGAGGGAGAUGAGAGAGGGUCAGAGAGAGAAUCGCAUAGAGGUAGAGGCUGGGGGCUGGGGGCAUUGCUUUUUCUUUAGGAAGUGGGUUAACUAAGGAGAGAAUUUGGUCUCAUAAACAUUAACACAGGAGCAGCAUACUAUUUAGCCUCGAUCUAUAUGAAAUAAUAAACAUGUUUGUUACAUCUCUGUGCUCAAAAGUUUAUUCUGAGGUGAGCCUCUGGCGUACGACUGGGCUACAUCCCAAAUGGCUCCCUGUUUCGUAUAUAGUGCACUACUUUUGACCAGAGCACUACAUACUGUAGGGAAUGGGGUGUGAUUUGGGAUACAUCUGGGCUUACACAAGGCAGGUAUUGAUGUACAGAAAAUCACAUCUCUGUGACAUUUAUAGAGCCAAUUUAUAUGAAAUUGCCAAUUUUCUAACUUCCCCCUUUUCUACUCUGUCUGUGAGGUCAUUGUGGUGCAAACUGAAAGAAAUUAAACCUUUUUUUUCAAAAAUUUUGUAACUCUUCUGACUGCACAGGCUUCUUCUAUUUACUUACUAUUUCCUUGUGUUCUCUCUCUUUUCCUAUCUCGUUAAACUUUGAUAGACGUGUCUAUUAGUUGGCAGCAUUUAUCUUCGUAGGGCACAUGCCAACUCUCCCCCACCCCCUCACCUUCAGAACAAACAGAACAGCAUUUGGACUGCACUCAAAUCCUCAAUUCCUGACCUGAAAAUUGUUUUCUGUGCCCAGUUCAGACAUAUCACAAGAUGGGUCCUGGUGGUGUAAAGUACUACUUAUGUAGUUUUUUACUUGACUAUUUAUAUUUUUGACAACUUUUACUUUUACUCCACUACAUUCCUAAAGAAAAUAAUGUUCUUUCUACUCAAAAGUAUUCGUUACAUUUUGAAUGCUUAGCAGGACAGGAAAAUGGUCUAAUUCACGCACUUAAAGAGAAAAUCCCUGAUCAUCCCUACUGCUUCUGAUCUUGCGGACUCACUCAACACAAAUGCUUUGUUUGUAAAUUGUGUCUGAAUGUUGGAGUGUGCCCCUGGCUGUCCAUAAAUUAAAACAACAAGAAAGUCA